AUGGCCCAGCCCAGAGAAGGUCUGGAGGUGGACACAUCCGCUUGCUAUCUGCUGCAAAAUCCUGGUGACCCUCAAGUUCUUGCUGCCCGAAACGAGAGGUCCAGAAUCCCUAAACUCAAGGCUCGAAGACCACCUUCUGCUGUCGAGCGACGGGAUGGGCAGCAGUUGGCGAAUGAUGGCAACUAG